ACACCUCGAAACACACAACUUACACACCGUUCUAACAGCUACACGUUCAGCUUGUAUCUACAGACUGAACGCGACAGAAGACUGCAUUGAGAAAGUCUUUCUUCACGCUAGUCGCUUCGCGAAAGCCGAAACUCGAAAGUGCGCGAGAACACGAACAGCCUCUUCCGUCUCGCGCAGCACUGGACUCUUUCCCGCGGAUAAAUGAUGACUUGCUGCGCGCGAAUCCCACCAAAAACACCAGACACUUUCUCAUGCAUGCACGCACGGUAUGCUUUUUCAUUCUGACGUGGAUGUACAUGCUUAAAUCCUCCCGUAUAUCCCUGGAUUUUUCAGCUGGGAGCAGAAAGUGGGCGUUUUUCUACAUUCACUGCUGCAACUUGCAGUUUCAAGUGCAAUAAGUUCAUUUUAAGGAAAGUGCGUCAUUUUAACCACACACUUAUUUUUAUUUUUUUUAAGAAGAUUAACAUCAAUCGCUGCAUAUGAAGGUCUUUGGCUCACACUCAUACUGAGGUAAUUUGGCGACAUAGAGGUCGAUAUGGCACAGGAGAGUGUGUACGAUAACCGCAGUAUAGUGGCGAAGUACAUCCACCACAAGCUAUGGAAGAAGGGAUACGUAUGGGAAGCGAAUGCCCAUGAUGACAGUGUCUCUAACGGACAGAGGACGGGGAUGCAGGAGGACAUCCGUCACGACCCGUGCACCGCUCUUCAUAAUGUGUUACGGGAGGCCGGGGACGAGCUGGAGCGCUUAUAUCAGUCGGACUUUGCGGAGAUGUCCAAGCAGCUGCAUCUCACGUCCCUCACGGCGCACCAGCGCUUCACCGCAGUCAUAGACGAGCUGUUCAGGGACGGGGUGAACUGGGGCAGAAUUAUCGCGUUUUUCGAAUUUGGAGGGACCGUUUGUGUGGAAUGUGUGAAUAAGGAGAUGACAGCGCAGGUUGACAACAUUGCGGGCUGGAUGACGGAGUAUCUUAACGGCCCGCUGUACGCCUGGAUCCAGGAGAACGGAGGCUGGGAGGCAUUCGUGGAACUCUAUGGCAGAAAGAGGGACUCUCUCUUCCGCAGCUCCUGGUCAUCAAUAGUAACAGUCUUUGGUCUGGCUGCUCUCGGGGCUGUUGGCCUGACCAUAGGGGCCUACCUUGCCCAGAAAUGAGAAACCUACCCUUUUGUAGUCAUUUGUCCUCUCUCUCAUCCAUUCUCCUCUAUGCCUACACCCCCUCAUCUCCUGUUUUCCCAGACGACAUCCAUGUCCCAGGACUGCUCCUCUUCAAAGCUUCUCUCCCACUCCCUCAUAUUCUUUCUUCUCUGCUCUCAAACACAAAGACAGUAACAGCAGGAAAUGAACAUGCUGCCGACACUUCAUGAGAGGACAGGCACUGAAGAAGAAAAAAAGAUGAAAGAGACAGAGGUAGCCGUAUCAUUGGCAGAAUAAUAUCAGAUCUCAAAUGGAUUGGUCACAUGCAGUUGGUUCAUGGUCAUCUUUAGUGUAGCACAUACCGGACCUCGUGUACUUGUAUAAACAUGAAGAGGAUGGAAAAAUACAAGAAAGAGGUGAAACAUCUUGGGAGCAUGGUGGAGAUUUUGCAGGAGGUCUAUGGUGAUGAAAGUUUGGUUUGAAAGCUAAAUCCUUCUAAUGAUAACAGCCCCACCCAAAUGUGUUGAUCAUUAGAGAUACAAAUGAACACACUAUCAUUAAUCUGAUGUUCAUAACAUUAGUCUUAAUUAUCCCUUACUUUAUCCAUAGGCCUUUCAGGAUAGCAUCACUUGAGGUUUUUUGUCCUAUGUUCAAGUGCUUCCUUUUGACCCUUCGCUAAGCUCCACCCCCACCUUGGUUAACGUUGCUCUUUCUGACAAGCUCUGCAGAGCUCCCCAUUGGAAUGAAUGGGAGACUGCUGAAAAGGACGUGGGUUUUGGCAAAAUAUUCUCAUAAACGGCAUUUUAAUGCAUAUUUAUCUGAAGUUUUUUGUAGAGAAGUUGUUAAAUUACACAGUAAUUUCAUUAAAAACUGUGGAGACUGUGAAUCAGAAUCAAGGCAACCGAUUAUUACAGUCACUUCACUUACUAGUGAUUACUCAUCUGAUAACAUCAGCGUAAGUGAACAGAACUGUUCAUAACGUCUCAUAAUACACUCAUUUUGAUGCUAUGAACUCUUUAUUUACUGUCACUUUUAUUAUGACUUGAAUCAAUACAUAAAUUAAUAAACAUUCAGUUAUUAGCUUUAAUUUAACUUAGAGCAAAUUUAGGUAUAGUUGCUGAUAUUAUAUGUUCAUUUGAGAAUGAGGGCUGACACAGUUUAAUCCAUAACAUGCUCUUCUCCAGAUUUUUUUUUAAAGAUUAUUUAAAAAAUAUAAAGAAAACACUGCUGGUAUCCUCUUUGGUCAACUCGUGUCACCAUCGCAAAUGACCUGAAAACAAAGAUGUUUUACAUUUCUUUGAUUAUUUUGAUAAAAUCCCACUUAAAAGUACUCAAACAUACAUUGCUUCCAUAGGCUGUCAUUAGAAAAUAGCAAAUGCGUGUCAGAAUAAUGGCAUCAGUUGCUAUGACUGGAUUGGUCAGAAGCGCUUAUAAGGCGGGGCUUAGCGAAGGGUCAGUUGAAAUUGGAAGUUUGGGGGUGACACAAAUUGAGGCCAAUAAGCUUUAGUUUUAUAACAGCCAGGAACAAUAAUUUGCUACUCUUUAGUCAGUUGCAAGUGGUAUUGGGGGAGGGACAUUCUCAUCUAGAGAGCAUAUGAUUAGACAAAAAUCUGUGAUGAGCAAACAGUAUUUUUGGUCCGUUAUCCUGAAAGAGAAAAACUGUACAUUUUAAAUGUGUAUAUUUUCUAAAGGUUCAUUUUAGCAGUACACUAGCAUAAAAAUGACAACUACCAUGGAUUAAAAGCUAGUUUAAAAGCUAACCAAUUUAUUAGGAUUUCAUGGGCUCUUUAAAGGAUUUUGUCCUGGUACAGUGAAAUGCAGAGAAGAUGGAAUGAAUGGCAUGCAGUUUGUUGUAGUGUGCUCAGCUUACUGAUUCAGGAAGAGUUAAGUGCUUGGGGGUAGAGAAUAAGAAGAGAGCACAGAAUGGGAAAGUACCGGGAGAUUUCAGAUGUUGAGUGAGUCCAGGUUUGUGAGAGACACCAAAGAUGUAACCAAAUAGUCACUAAAUAUAUAGUGGACCAAAUGUAAAAGAAGAAGAAUCGGUCACACUGUUCAAUCCAUAUUAAUAAUCCGAUCUAUCACUAUUCUCAAUAUCUGGGGACAUUAUUGGAAUCAUUCCACAGGUACAAUUGAGCUAGUUUGAAGGCUUUUCGAACCUGUCCAGCAGCCAGUAUGCAGAGUUCACACUAUACUCUUUAAUACACUAGCUACACUCAUGCCCACUCUAGUGUUCCUCCAUGCACCAACAGAAACAGUUGUCCAGACUUGAGAUCUGGCUUUUUUUAUUAGCAUUAUUACAUUUAUUUACAAAACAUCAUGUUCAGUGGUCAAGUGGAUCCAAACAAAUGGAUAAAUGGAAUGGAAAUCCCAACUAGAUUCCUUGAAUUUGGUGUUUACAUUUCCAUGGUGUCUGUUUCUGACACAGCAUGCUUGAACAAAAUUCUGUCACAAAAGAUCGGGAGGCAGGAAAUGAAAAGUUUUAGUGUUAAACCUAUGGACAUGAGCAACUUAAAGUGUUUGCUAUGGAGCCAACUUUGGUGCUUUUGCAUUGGUUGCUUUUAGAUUCAGACAGAACCAAAAGAAAACUUCAGAACCAUAGAGGGACUUGCAAUGUCAAUGUUUGCUCGAACUAAGGCACCAUUAUUAGUAACCUCAGUGUCAUUGUAGGGGGUGCUAACAAACAUUUGUUAAAUAGAUGCCCUCGGUAACUCCUUAGAACUUACAUCCAUAACCAAUCAAUGUUCCGUUUUAUCUGGACUUUAUGGAUAUAUGUUCAUGUUAGAAUGUGACAAUCCCUAAAAUGUAUACACAGUGUUUUAAUCAGUGGUUGAUGGAUGAAUUUAGAAAUCAACCUUGUCCAGCAAAGUAGAUGAACAGGCUUGUUGUAGGCUGUAAAUGUAUUUCCAUGUGUCUGUACUGUAGGUUUUGACAAGGUCAACAACAUCAUCAACAACAGCAACAAAAGCAGUCACAAAGGACUGAACCGGUCUGUAAAAAGAGUUUGUGUCAUAAAUGGAUGCUGUUUGUCUUGUGUACAGCUACAGUUCUCUCUGACACUAACAUUUGCUAAAAUAUUUAUAAUACAGAUAGCUGUUUCAUUCUUGUUUCAUUUUUAUUUAUUUUAGGUACCAAUCGUUCAACUAGUUUCAAGAGAUCAUUUAGGGAUGAUUUUAUUGGGAAGUUUUAAGCUUCUCUGAAAGAUUUGGAGCACAUAUUAGAUCCUAAUUUGCUGACUAAAUGCUGCUUAAAAAAAUUUAAAGAUUAUAAAUUAUAUAAAUCAAUGUAAUUAACUGCUAGAUGUUCGGCGACUUGAUGAAUAUUAAUAUUUAUGUUCAUGUAGUCACUUCCAUUGUUACUGUAGAGUUAUGCGUAACCAUAUUUGUUUUUUGUUUUUUGUUUUCAUCAUGUAACAUCUAACAUCGUGGAGACCAUUGAAAUUAAUUCUAGUAUUGUGUUUUCACUAGUGAUAAAUCAAUUUUAACAUGUCAAAAUUGCGUUUAAAUGGCAUAUAUCUUUUGGGGAAAAUUUCCAAAGAAUUCUGUUGCUUUUAUGAGCUAGAAAUGUCAAUUAUAUACAAAGUUUGCAAACAGGUUUCUCAUUGAACUUCACAUCUCUGUGCUGCUGUAUAGACACAAACUUAAUCUCUAGCUUCGGUCAAUGGCGUUCAUUAUGGAUUUUAGGCAUCAAUAAUAACAUCCAGCUGUUUUAUUCUGAGCAUAACUGUAUGACAACACGUAUUAUAUCUUUAGAGAAUUAUGUUUAAAUUGUGUCCAUUUAUUCAUCCGUUAAUGUCUGUGAAUUCAAAUUCAGCUUUGACUUGUGUUAUAUUCACUAAAGAUUGGUUUAAAAUGGCAUGUUAAAAUUGAGCUCUUGCUUGAGGAAAUACGUCUUACAAAGGGGUCUUUCAGUUGGAUGUUUGGAAAGCUAUGUAAUUUAUAUAAAUAUAUAGGUAACACUUUACAAUAAGGUUCCAUUGGUUAACAUUAGUGAAGAACAUUAGUUAACAUGAACUAACAAUGAACAAUAUGUAUUAAGCAUUUAUUAAUCUUAGUUAAUGUUAAUUAAAACAUAUACAUUUUUAAAAUCAAAAGCUAUAUUAGUUGACAUUAGUUAAUAUACUAUGAAGUAACAUUGAACAAUUGUAUUUUUAUUAACUAUCUGUGAUGAGAAAGAGGGCGUGGCCGGACCGUCAGGGUGGAGGUCUGGUGCUGAGUUACCCAAUCAGCAGAGAGAGAUAAAGGGGAGCUGGGAACGCCAGUGCGGGAGAGGGAGAGAGAGAGAGAGUUUCACCAUUGUGUGCAAUCUGCUUUGGGCUGAAAAGUCAAUAGAGUGAGCGCUCCGUGCGAGUCUGCCACCUUUUGUGUGUCAGAGCGCACUGUGUAUGUUGUGUCUACGUGAACUGUGUGUUAAUUAAAAUCUUGUUAAUUAAAGAUCUGUCCAGCUGGCACCCACUUCCUCCUUCAUAGGGAAGGCAGUGAAAUCUGCCACACUAACAUUAACUAAGAUUAGUAAAUGUUGUAGAAAAUAUGUUUUUAAUUGUUUGUUCAUGAUACCUAAUGCAUUUACUAAUGUUAACCAAUGGAACCUUAUUGUAAAGUGUUACCGGAUCAGCUGUAUUUGAUGGAUCUUUCUUUGCACUAUUAUAUUUGAGUGCUUUGGAGAAAGAUAUGUUAGUCUUUUAAAGAAUGCAUCACUCAUUAGACUGUAUUUAACAUUAGUUGUCAUAUUUCAAGAGCACUUUCUGGGAAACACAUAUGUCUAAACAUUAAAGUCAACAUGAAAGAAUGUUCGCAAUGACGGAAGGGUGUGUAAAAGGAUAUUCAAGUGGAGGCGGUCGGUCGACGUCCACUAAGAAUUAACAUCGCAGAGCACAUUAUUACAUUUUGACGAAAGACUGUUAAGAAAGACUAUGACUAUUAAGAAAGUAAAUGGUCCUCUUUGAUUUCAUGUUGACUUUAAAUAUUAUAAGGUGAAAAUUACCACAAUGUACAGUGCACACAAAAUAUGUUUCUGAAUGAUCCUGUAUUGCAUUGUUGUUACACCUGGAGCAAUGUCACGUUACAAGAAAAGCUGCUAUAUGUCAUAGCAAUGCACAGCAUACUGUUGCUUUGCUCACCGUGCUCUUGUGUAUGAUCGUGUCACUGCUUGAAUAAGCUACUUGUCCAUCUGUUCCUGCCAAACAAAUUAAGAUUCAAUAAAACGAAUUU